AUGGAAACCCUACGCAAUUCUCCACUUCAACAACUACCAAAUUUUUUCUCCUCUGGAAAUUCAACUUUGCUCCAUAUUAACGACGGAACCAAUUUACACAACGAUCUUCCGUUACUUUGUUCAACCGCCUCCAAUCUUUCAGCUGAAGUUACGAAACAUUUAUCAAGUAUUCAUGCCCCAUCAUCUAUUGAUAGUUGUGAAGCUGAUGAAGUUGGAGAUAAUGAAGAGCAUGUCGGUGUUGAAGGUGAUAAUGAUGAACUAAAAAAGCCAAACACAGACAUGAAUUUUAACAAUAGGCCUUUCACCUCUAACCUACCUCCUGAUAUAGCAGAUUCUAAACAGGAAAGUGUCACUGAGACGGCUGCAGAAGAAUAUGUACAACUAUACUUUAAUGAACAAGCAUUUGUCACUGCUUAUAUGAAAAAUGAAUAA